GGGGAGAAACCAUUUAAAUGUAUUGAAUGUGGAAACAGCUUCAGUCAAAGUGGAGCACUUAGAAUACAUCAACUAACUCACACGGAGGAGAAACCAUUUAUAUGUUUUGAAUGUGAAAAGAGCUUCAAUAGAAGUGGACACCUUAGAAUACACCAACGAACUCACACGGGCGAGAAACCAUUUGCAUGUAUUGAAUGUGGAAACAGCUUCAGUCAAAAUAGAUACCUUAGAGUAAAUCAACGAACUCACACGAGGGAGAAACCAUUUAAAUGUGUUGAAUGUGGAAAGAGCUUCAGUGUAAUUGGAAACCUUAGAAGACACCAACGAACUCACACAGGGGAGAAACCAUUUGCAUGUAUUGAAUGUGGAAAGAGCUUCGGUAGAAGUGAACAUCUUAGAAGACAUCAACUAACUCACACGGGGGAGAAACCAUUUAAAUGUAUUGAAUGUGGAAACAGCUUCAGUCAAAGUGGAGCACUUAGAAUACAUCAACUAACUCACACGGAGGAGAAACCAUUUAUAUGUUUUGAAUGUGGAAAGAGCUUCAGUAAAAGUGGACACCUUAGAAUACACCAACGAACUCACACGGGGGAGAAACCAUUUGCAUGUAUUGAAUGUGGAAAGAGCUUCAGUAAAAGUGGACACCUUAGAAUACACCAGCGAAUUCACGCGGGGGAGAAACCAUUUAAAUGUACUGAAUGUGGGAAAAGCUUCAACAAGAAGGAUAAACUUACAUUACAUUGGCAAACUCACACAGUGGAGCAGCUUUAGUCAAUAUGGAACCUUAGGAAAUACCACUAAUUUACAUGGGGAGGUCUUAAUACAGUGGUACCUCGGGUUAAGUACUUAAUUCGUUCCAGAGCUCUAUUGUUAACCUGAAACUGUUCUUAACCUGAAGCAUCACUUUAGCUAUUCAGGCCUCCUGCUGCUUUCAUGCCGCCACCGCACGAUUUCCAUUCUCAUCCUGAAGCAAAGUUCUUAACCCGAGGUACUAUUUCUGGGUUAGCACUGUCUGUAACCUGAAGCUUAUGUAACCUGAAGCAUAUGUAACCCAAGGUACCACUGUAUAGUACUUUUUAGAGCAGUUUCUCAACCUGUGGGUCCCCAGAUGUUGUUGAACUACAACUCCCAUCACCCCUAGCUAGCAAGGCCAGAGCUCAGGGAUGAUGGGAGUUGUAGUCCAAUAACAUCUGGGGACCCACAAGUUGAGAACUGCUGCUGUAGAGGGUUUUCUGUUGGAAUUAUUAGAUUGUCUGAGAAGGCUCUGACCUUAUAGGCCCUUUGUCCAACUUUAAUUCCUUCUAUUCUAGGGUCUUCUCUUACUGCUUUCAAAUACACUUCCAGAAGUGUGAUAAAGAGGAGAGGAGAAAGAGGGCAGCCCUGUCUUGUUCCCUUAGAGAUAUUAAAAGCUUCUGAUGUUUCACCAUUUAUAAUUGGUCUGACCUUUUGGGAAAUAUAAAUCGCUUUUAUACCACUACAUAUUUUCUCACCCAAACUCAUCAUUUCCAAAGUUUUUUGCAUGAAUGCCCC